UUGCUACAAUAUACUCAGUGUUUAUUGUAGGAACAAUAAGUGAACAAUGUUGAGAAAAUUAAGGAAAACAUCUUAGCACUCCCUAGCGUAGAAACGUCUCUCUUCACGAUGUCACCACUGAUGUAUUUAUCACAACAUCUGGCUCUUUAAGAGGAGCACUGAAAGAGUGACAGAGGACUAAAGAUGUCUGACCUCAGCCAAGUUGCAGUGUACUCAGACUCUUCAGAUAUCUAUAAGAAUGUGUUCUGCAACCCUGCCUUUGAGCUGGAGGGAGAGCGGGAGGAGAGGGUGGAGGGAUUCAGGACAUCCUCGUCCACCCCUGAACCAAUAAAACCACCAGCUAGUCUACGCUUGGGUCUGCGGGGCCCGGGUUGUAGCUGGGGGGUGGUGGUGGUUUCUGUUGCUGCCCUGCUCCUGUUAACAGCCCUCGGACUGGCGCUGGCCCUCAUCCUCACACAGAUAAAGGGCCAGGCUGUGGAGGAUCAGUUGCUGUCCACCAGCCCUCCAGACCGGCUGAAUGCAGGAGAUGGAGGGUCCCAUACUCUACCCACAAACUCUGCCAACAGAAGUCAACAGGAAAGUACAUCUGCACCACAGCCCACUAGGAUCCCACCAUCUGAAACACGUUGUGGAGGGGUGUUGACUGACUCAGAGGGCAGUUUCAGUUCUCCAAAUCAUCCUGGCUCCUAUCCCCCCAACUUGUUGUGUGUUUGGGUGAUCCGAGUCCCACCCCCCCACUUGGUCCAGAUCCACAUUUCCUCUCUGACUGUAGAGGGGCCAUCUCCCUGUCUGUUUGACUGGCUCGAGGUGCAGGAGCAGAUAGAACAGAGCUCUGUGGUCACCAGGUUCUGUGGAAAUGUAGCACCACCGACGGUCAACACAAACAGCAGCACAGUGUGGGUCACCUUACGUUCUGAUGGCAGCAUCGCAGGCAGCGGCUUCAGUGCACAGUACAGGGCCAUUCGGCCUGGACACAAGAGCUGCUCCAGAGAAGAGUUUUUGUGCGACAGUGGUCGCUGUCUGCUGCCUGUGUCUGUGUGUGACGGUCAUCCAAACUGCCAUGACCUAACAGACGAGGCAAACUGCAGCCAUAAACACAAAGACUGUGGUGGGCAGAAAACGGGGCCGUAUGGUUACCUGUCAAGUCCAAACCACCCCAGGCCUUAUCCCCACCAGCAGUUGUGCAUAUGGUAUAUAUCUGUUGAGGAGGGUCACGUCAUCACACUGAGCUUCAGUAACUUCAGCCUGGAGACUCAAGAUGUCUGUGAGUUUGACUAUGUGGAGGUGCACGACAGCGUCAAUACUGGAGCUGGAAGGGUGCUGGGAAGGUUUUGUGGUACGAACUUCCCUCCAGACCUGACCUCCUCCGGUACCCACAUGACUGUUAUGUUUGUGGCUGAUGAGGGAGUGGCUGACAGCGGCUUCAACGCAACAUACAAGGCUGUGUCUGUCCUAGGCAGGACAUGUGGUCCCAGCCAAUUUGCCUGCAGUACUGGAGAGUGUGUUCAGCAGCAGUGGUUGUGUGAUGGAUGGAACGACUGCCCUGAUGGAGCAGAUGAGCAGGGCUGUGGCAACUCCACCUACCCUCCUUUCACUUCAUCGUGUGAGUUUAUAGAGGUAGAGAUGUGUCAAGGCCUCAGCUACAACCUCACCUCAUUCCCAAACAUCUGGCUGUCCAUUGCUGAUCAGAGAGAAGCUGCCACACUCUUGCGACAGUACCGGGUACUGAUGGAGCUGGCAUGCUUCGAGCCCUUGCGGAGGCUUUUGUGUGGAAUGUUUCUGCCCCAGUGCAGCCCUCAGGGUGGUAUCCUCCAGCCCUGCCGCUCAGUCUGCUCUUCUGCAGAGCAGCAAUGCAGCCAAGCCCUGGAUCUCUUAUCCUUCAGCUGGCCCUUCAACUGCCACCUCCUGCCUGACUCACAAGACCCCAUGGAGUGCUCGCUGCCUUGAUGCUUCAAAUGUUUCAAUUGUGUUAGUAAGAGAUGAUCAUCUCCCCCACGGUCUACUUUUUCAUUUCACACACAGAUGUUUGGCAGUUUGAGGACCGAAAGGCCUGCAUUGUAAAGAACUGAGGACUCAUCUUCUAAACUCAGACCUGCAGGUCCACAGCUUUCAAGAAUUGUUGUAAAAAAGCCCUUUCACUUGUAGCAUGACAGCAACCCUCAUUACACACUACUGUAUGUAAAACUUGUGGUAAAUAUCAAAAUGUGGCACAGUGACUAUUUUUAAAAGCUUUAAAGUAUGUAAAUGAAAAGUUUUUGUGUGAUUCAGAUACCAACUAAGUGAAAUGAAAGUUUUUCAAUACCCCCCCACCCCCCCUCCAAUAGGCCUUUUUGCACUAUUUAUUGCUUUGAUGUCAAUCAUGUAAAAACAGAUCUCACCUAUAAAGAAUUAUUACAGAGAAAAUACCUUUAAAACAACCUUUAUUGCAUCAACACACCACAUGAUGUGCUUCUAUCAUUUCAGUGUUCGUAGCUGUCCCGAUUUGUUUUACUGUGAGAUCAAAAGUGGCCAUGAGCUGAAUCACACUGGAAGCCAUGAUCUCUGUCAUAGAGGGGCAAAGUCCCUCCCCUUCUGGUGGACCACCGCUUGAAUUGUGCCAUGAAUUACACAUUUGUAAAUUUAUAAGAUAACUUUGCAAGUCAAUAAAGCCAGUUUGUCGUGAAAUAUGUUAAAAACUACACACCCAAAGGUCGCGUAUGACGUCAUAACUUCCUCUCAAGCCACGUUCAAUCUCAAAACGGUGUGCACCGUUUUGCUACGGUUUGCUGGUUGACAGCUUUCCUCGGAACGCUGUUUUAAUACAGCCAUGACCGAGACUUCACACAACACCUGCCCUUUAAUCAGUGACAUCAUCACAGCUGGCCACCAUGUUUAUACACAUGAUCCAUUCAAUCGAGAUUCUUAGACACCCUAGGCUCAGAAAGUGCACAAUUGGAAAAAUCCUGACUGAAAAGGAAUUUACCUUCAUGAAUGAAAAUAUUUUGUAUUCACACUGAUUCCUGACAUGAAUUUGCUACACAAAGCUUGCUUGCACAUUUGUCAUAGUCAAAUCUCUGAGUCACAUUAAAGGUGUGCUUCAGUA